GAUCAUAAGAUGGGUCAAGGAGGAGUGAAGAAGAGCAGGAGUAACAAAAACAACAGCAGAGUUAAGUGCCAUCUGAGCCAAAACCCCUCUGAGGGAACCCUUCUCACCUGUGCUCCCAGCAGUGCCAUGUAUGUUGCCUUGGCAACCACCAUCUCGCCUUGUUCCUUCUGUCCAGCCAACUGAUGCAACCAGUUCAGUAACAGACCUCAGCCUCCUUCGCAGCCACCACCUCCGUGGGCCUCUACCUGGAAGACCCAGAGCCUCCCACCACAAAGGUACUGCUACUUAUUUGUUGCACUAACUCUCUUGCACCGACUCUACCCCCACACUCUGGACUCUACCCACACACUCUGGACUCAAAUCAAAUUUGAAAAAAAGUCACACGCGCCGAAUACAACAGGUGUAGACCUUACCGUGAAAUGCUUACGUAAAAGCCCUUAACCAACAAUGCAGUUCAAGAAAUAGCAAAGCUGUCAUCAAGGCAAAGGGUGGCUAUUUGAAGAAUCUCAAAUAUAAAAUCAAUUUUGAUUUGUUUAACACUUUUUUGGUUACUAUGUUUCCAUAUGUGUUAUUUAAUAGUUUUGAUGUCUUCACUAUUAUUCUGCAAUGUAAAAAAUUAAGAAAAACACUUGAAUGAAUAGGUGUGUCCAAUCUUUUGACUGGUACUGUAGGUAUUACAGACUCGGUCAGGGAGAGGUUGAAAAUGUCAGUGAAGACACUUGCCAGUUGGUCCGCGCAUUCUCGGAGUACACGUCAUGGUAAUCCAUCUGGCCCCGCAGCAUUGUGAAUGUUGACCUGUUUAAAGGUCUUGCUCACAUCGGCUACGGAGAGCGUGAUCACACAGUAGUCCGGAACAGCUGGUGCUCUCAUGCAUGCUUCUGUGUUGCUUGCCUCGAAGCGAGCAUAAAAGGCAUUUAGCCCAUCUGGUAUGCUCGCGUCACUGGGCAGCUCGCGGCUUGGUUUCCCUUUGUAGUCCGUAAUAGUUUAUAAGCCCUGCCACAAUCUUAGUCCUUUAUUGAUGCUUUGCCUUUUUGAUGGCUAGAGCAUAGUGCGAUUUCUUAUAAGCAUCCGGAUUAGUGUCCCGCUCCUUGAAAGCGGCAGCUCUAGCCUUUAGCUCGGUGCAGAUGUUGCUUGUAAUCCAUAGCUUCUGGUUGGGAUAUGUAUGUACGGUUAUUGUGGGGACGUCGUCGUCGAUGCGCUUAUUGGUGACUGAUGUGGUAUACUCCUCAAUGCCAUUGGAUGAAUCCCGGAACAUAUUCCAGUCUGUGCUAGAAAAACAGCCCUGUAGCGUAGCAUCCGCGUCAUCUGACCACUUCCGUAUUGAGUGAGUCACUGGUACUUCCUGCUUUAGUUUUUGCUUGUAAGCAGGAAUCAGGAGGAUAGAAUUAUGGUCAGAUUUUCCAAAUGGAGGGCGAGGGAGAGCUUUGUACGCUUCUCUGUGUGUGGAGUAAAGGUGGUCUAGAGUUUUUUUCCCUCUGGUUGCACAUGUGACAUGCUGGUAGAAAUUAGGUAAAACGAUUUCAGUUUGCCUGCAUUAACAUCCCUGACCACUAGGAGCGCCACUUCUGGAUGAGCAUUUUCUUGUUUACUUAUGGCCUUAUACAGCUCGUUGGGUGCGGUCUUAGUGCCAGCGUUGGUUUGUGGUGGUAAAUAGAUGGCUACGAAAAAUAUAGAUGAAAACUCUCUUGGUAAAUAGUGUGGUCUGUAGCUUAUCAUGAGAUACUCUACCUCAGGCGAGCAAUACCUCGAGACUACCUUAAUUACAUUUACAUUUACAUUUUAGUCAUUUAGCAGACGCUCUUAUCCAGAGCGACUUACAGUUAGUGCAUACAUUUUUUUUUUUUUUUUUUUUUUUUCAUACCCCCUGUGGGAAUCAAACCCACAACCCUGACGUUGCAAACGCCAUGCUCUAUCAACUGAGCUACAUCCCUGCCGGCCAUUCCCUCCCCUACCCUGGACGACGCUGGGCCAAUUGCACGCCGCCCCAUGGGUCUCCCGGUCGUGGCCGGCUACGACAGAGCCUGGAUUCGAACCAGGAUCUCUAGUGGCACAGCUAGCACUGCGAUGCAGUGCCUUAGACCACUGCGCCACUCGGGAGACCGAGUUUAAUAUUAGACAUCGCUCUCCAGCUGUUAUUGACAAAUAGACACACACCCUCACCCCUCAUCUUACCAGACGUAGCAUUUCUUACCUGCCAAUGCACGGAAAACCCAGCCAACUGUAUAUUAUCUGUGUUCAGCCACGACUUGGUAAAACAUAAGAUAUUCAAGUUUUUAAUGUCCCGUUAGUAGGAUAGUCUCGAACGGAGCUCAUCCAGUUUAUUCUCCAGUGAUUGCAUGUUGGCCAAUAGAACGGAUGGUAAAGGCGGGGUAGCCACUCUGGACUCUACCCCCACACUCUGGACUCUACCCCCACACUCACACAUACUUACACAUAACAUGCAUACUGACGCCUCACACACUUUCACACUCACCACAUACACUGCUACUACAGUCUAUUAUCUAUCCUGUUGCCUAUUCACUUUACCCCUAACUACAUGUACAGUACAUAGCUACCGCAAUUACUUUGACUCAGUACUGGUACUCCCUGUAUAUAGCCAUGUUAUUACCUGAUACUCCCUGUAUAUAGCCAUGUUAUUACCUGGUACUCCCUAUAUAUAUCCAUGUUAUUACCUGGUACUUCCUGUAUAUAGCCAUGUUAUUACCUGAUACUCCCUGUAUAUAGCCAUGUUAUUACCUGGUACUCCCUAUAUAUAGCCACGUUAUUUGCUGCUCCCUAUAUAUAGCCAUGUUACUACCUGGUACUUCCUGUAUAUAGCCAUGUUAUUACCUGGUACUUCCUGUAUAUAGCCAUGUUAUUACCUGGUAGUCCCUAUAUAUAGCCAUGUUAUUACCUGGUACUCCCUAUAUAUAUCCAUGUUAUUUGCUGCUCCCUAUAUAUAGCCAUGUUAUUACCUGGUACUUCCUGUACAUAGCCAUGUUAUUACCUGGUACUUCCUGUAUAUAGCCAUGUUAUUACCUGGUAGUCCCUAUAUAUAGCCAUGUUAUUACCUGGUACUCCCUAUAUAUAUCCAUGUUAUUACCUGGUACUUCCUGUAUAUAGCCAUUUUAUUACCUGGUGCUCCCUGUAUAUAGCCAUGUUAUUACCUGGUACUCCCUAUAUAUAGCCAUGUUAUUACCUGGUACUCCCUGUAUAUAGCCAUGUUAUUACCUGGUACUCCCUGUAUAUAGCCAUGUUAUUACCUGGUGCUCCCUGUAUAUAGCCAUGUUAUUACCUGGUGCUCCCUGUAUAUAGCCAUGUUAUUACCUGGUACUCCCUAUAUAUAGCCAUGUUAUUACCUGGUACUCCCUGUAUAUAGCCAUGUUAUUACCUGGUACUCCCUGUAUAUAGCCAUGUUAUUACCUGGUGCUCCCUGUAUAUAGCCAUGUUAUUACCUGGUGCUCCCUGUAUAUAGCCAUGUUAUUACCUGGUACUUCCUGUAUAUAGCCAUGUUAUUACCUGGUAGUCCCUAUAUAUAGCCAUGUUAUUACCUGGUACUCCCUAUAUAUAUCCAUGUUAUUACCUGGUACUUCCUGUAUAUAGCCAUUUUAUUACCUGGUGCUCCCUGUAUAUAGCCAUGUUAUUACCUGGUACUCCCUAUAUAUAGCCAUGUUAUUACCUGGUACUUCAUGUAUAUAGCUAUGUUAUUACCUGGUGCUCCCUGUAUAUAGCCAUGUUAUUACCUGGUGCUCCCUGUAUAUAGCCAUGUUAUUACCUGGUACUUCCUGUAUAUAGCCAUGUUAUUACCUGGUAGUCCCUAUAUAUAGCCAUGUUAUUACCUGGUACUCCCUAUAUAUAUCCAUGUUAUUACCUGGUACUUCCUGUAUAUAGCCAUUUUAUUACCUGGUGCUCCCUGUAUAUAGCCAUGUUAUUACCUGGUACUCCCUAUAUAUAGCCAUGUUAUUACCUGGUACUUCCUGUAUAUAGCCAUGUUAUUACCUGGUGCUCCCUGUAUAUAGCCAUGUUAUUACCUGGUGCUCCCUAUAUAUAGCCAUGUUAUUACCUGGUACUUCCUGUAUAUAGCCAUGUUAUUACCUGGUACUCCCUGUAUAUAGCCAUGUUAUUACCUGGUACUCCCUGUAUAUAGCCAUGUUAUUACCUGGUACUCCCUAUAUAGCCAUGUUAUUACCUGGUACUCCCUAUAUAUAGCCAUGUUAUUACCUGGUGCUCCCUGUAUAUAGCCAUGUUAUUACCUGGUACUCCCUGUAUAUAGCCAUGUUAUUACCUGGUGUUCCCUGUAUAUAGCCAUGUUAUUUUUACUCAUUAUUUUUAUUCAUUAUUCCCUGUGUAUUCCUUGUGUCACUAUUUCAAUAUAUUUUUUAAAUCUUCUCUUUAACUCUGCAUUGUUGGAAAAGGACCCGUAAGUGUUAGAUUAAUUUGGAUUUUAAGAAUAAUGACUAAAGGAUUUCACCCCAAAUACAGUAUAAAUGUUAGAAUUAUCAUGUAGUGUCAACCCAGUAACAGAGGGGGCGGUACUAAACAUUCAAGGGUGAAGGGGAAGGCGGAAACUGUUUAGAAAACCCAUCUAAAGGUGGGAGGAGUCAAGUUCAGGAGGUAUAAAAUCGUAUGUUUGUGUCUUUGGCGCCAGAGCUCUCCAUGAAUAAAUAUACAGAUAAAUACUUGUGGGUUGUGGACCUUGAAUCAUUGAUGAUUAAAACCAGAGCCUUACAACCUCUGGUAAUGAUUCAAGCUUAGGUUGAAUUAGUAGAAAACAGAAUUUCACUGUUGUCUACGAAGCAUGUGACAAAUACAGUUUGGGAAUUGGUCGAUGCCAUUUUAGUUCAGUAAUGCAGGAAUUUUUUCUCUCAGAAGUUUUGAGAAGAAUUGGGAUGUCGGGUUACUUCCUGAAUUGACUGAAUUGAAAUGGUAUUAAUAAAAUAUUUAUUCUUAUCUAAUCUCAGGUUAGUACAGAGAACCGAGGCCCAGCAGCUCCUUCCCCAGCAGACUAACACCUCCCUGGGCAUCGGACUCUUCACCCUUGGGGAUACCUUCUCCCACCUGGAAGUCAGCAUCGCUCACACCCAGCAUGGACUCCCUGAUAGGGGACUUGGACCCCAACCUGUUCCCCAUGUCCAUGAGGACAGAGACAGACUUCUCCCGGGACCAGGACCCUGUGGAUCAGGAAGGGUACAUUGGAAAAGACCAGAAACUGUUCAACGACAACACUAUGGAUCUCCUCCAGGACUUUGAGCUGACAGGCUCCCCCUCAGACUUUUACGUAGGGGACGACGCCUUCCUCUCCUCCCUGGCUGAUGGCUCUUUCCUGGGGGAUGAGAGCCAGGAUCGUGGGGUGUCCAGCUCCACAUCCAAGCCAGCUGCUAGUACCACCAACAGUGGUAGUUUUAGUGGUUCCAACACCACCACAUUGAAUGGUAGCAGUCUACUAGCAUGUCAGGAUGAAUCCAACUCCAGCACCUCUACGACAGCCACAACCCCGACCACCACCACUUCUCCCAUGGUGAAGAUGGAGAAGGAAGCUGGCUUCAUCCAGCUGUGUACUCCAGGGGUGAUCAAACAGGAGAAGACGUCGGCCACGCGUAGCUACUCCUGCCAGAUGAGCGGUAGUACCGGCUGCUCCACUUCCUCCUCCCCCUCAGAGCUGUCCAGCGCCAGCCCCAUCUCCAUCUGUGGGGUGAGCACCUCUGGAGGACAGAGCUACCACUUUGGAGUCAACAGCACCAUUACUACCAGUGGAGCUUCUCAGCAGAAGGACCAGAAGCCCUCUGUGUUCAGCCUGUAUCCUCCACUGGGGACCAUAGGAGAGGCUUGGAACAACAGUAGCUAUGGGGACGGAACUUCUGGAAUACAAGGUCUCUCCAGCCCUACCUCCUCCUUCCCCAGCAGCUAUGCCAGGUAAGGAGAAGAAUUUAAGGAAUGUUGCUAAUAAAAAAAACAAUCCUGUAGUUGGUCUGGUGGUGGUUGUCUGGCCAGCCUGCUGCGGUGCGAGGGUGAGGCUGGUGUCACAGUGCUAUGUGGAGAACUGUGGAAUAGAACUAGUGUAGCGUACAGACCAAGGCAGACGGGUCAGGGGAGAGAUCAGAGAGAGGAGAACAUCUCUGGGACAUAAAGUAGAAGUGACAGCAGGGCUCUAACAAUAUUCUUAGAAUCCCUUCUUGAUUUGGGAACAUGUCAAGGCAACUCGGUCCAGUCAGUUGCUCAGUUUGAAACUGAACUGGAGAGGGUUAGAGAUGAUCCUAGUGUUAUUGUUUUUUAAAAAACUUUUCUUCCCCUCUUUUGCUUGUAUCAACAUGCCCUAAAUCACUUUGUCAACUGUGCAGGGGAAUGAAAUAUCACAGAGGAAUAAUGUAGCCACUUUCAGUCACCAGCCCAACAAAUGUAAUCCUGUCUUAUCUUUUCAACAGAACUAUUGCCUCUAAAGCAGUGGAUAGUAGAAAGUGGGUCAUGUGUUUCUCUGAUAUCAUAAUGGUGUCUUACUGCAGGCUUUAGAAAUGCUUGCUACAGAAUUGCCACAUCUCACAGGCUGCGAUCACAAAUGGCACCCUAUAUCCAGAGUCUAUGCUCUGGUCAAAAGUAAAGUAGUGCACUAUAUAGGGAACAGGGUGCCAUUUGGGGCACGCAUAUAGUUAUGGUACAGUAGACCACUGCCACAAAGGACUCUGGGGAAUAGAGGCAACAAUCAGUGUCUAUAUAGGCCGAGGCCGAUCUCGGGGAAUUCCACUUUAAGCUCACAGAGACAUGUAAUUGUUACAUCAACGUCUAUGGCCUAUUCUACUAGUUGCUUUGUCUGCCUACCCUCUGUUUUCUUAAUUACAACUACAGUAAUACUAAUAUAGACUAGUUAUUAUAUACAGCUAUACUAGUAUAGACUAGUUAUUAUAUACAGCUAUACUAGUAUAGACUAGUUAUUAUAUACAGCUAUAGUAGUAUAGACUAGUUAUUAUAUACAGCUAUACUAGUAUAGACUAGUUAUUAUAUACAGCUCUACUAGUAUAGACUAGUUAUUAUAUACAGCUAUACUAGUAUAGACUAGUUAUUAUAUACAGUAAUACUAGUAUAGACUAGUUAUUAUAUACAGCUAUACUAGUAUAGACUAGUUUAUUAUAUACAGUAAUACUAGUAUAGACUAGUUAUUAUAUACAGCUCUACUAGUAUAGACUAGUUAUUAUAUACAGCUAUACUAGUAUAGACUAGUUAUUAUAUACAGUAAUACUAGUAUAGACUAGUUAUUAUAUACAGUAAUACUAGUAUAGACUUGUUAUUAUAUACAGCUAUACUAGUAUAGACUAGUUAUUAUAUACAGUAAUACUAGUAUAGACUAGUUAUUAUAUACAGCUAUACUAGUAUAGACUUGUUAUUAAUACAGCUAUACUAGUAUAGACUAGUUAUUAUAUACAGCUAUACUAGUAUAGACUAUUAUUAUAACAGCUAUACUAGUAUAAACUAGUUAUUAUAUACAGCUAUACUAGUAUAGACUAGUUAUUAUAUACAGCUAUACUAGUAUAGACUAGUUAUUAUAUACAGCUAUACUAGUAUAGACUAGUUAUUAUAUACAGCUAUACUAGUAUAGACUAGUUAUUAUAUACAGCUAUACUAGUAUAGACUAGUUAUUAUAUACAGCUAUACUAGUAUAGACUAGUUAUUAUAACAGUAAUACUAGUAUAGACUAGUUUAUUAUAUAACAGCUCUACUAGUAUAGACUAGUUAUUAUAUACAGCUAUACUAGUAUAGACUAGUUAUUAUAUACAGCUAUACUAGUAUAGACUAGUUAUUAUAUACAGCUAUACUAGUAUAGACUAGUUAUUAUAUACAGUAAUACUAGUAUAGACUAGUUAUUAUAUACAGCUCUACUAGUAUAGACUAGUUAUUAUAUACAGCUAUACUAGUAUAGACUAGUUAUUAUAUACAGUAAUACUAGUAUAGACUAGUUAUUAUAUACAGCUAUACUAGUAUAGACGUGUUAUUAUAUACAGCUAUACUAGUAUAGACUAGUUAUUAUAUUACAGCUAAUAUUACUAGUAUAGACUAGUUAUUUAUAUACAGUAAUACUAGUAUAGACUAGUUAUUAUAUACAGCUGAUACUAGUAUAGACUUGUUAUUAUAUAAGCUAUAAUGUAUAGCUAGUAUGAUAUACAGUAUACUGUAUGAGACUAAGUAGAUAUACAGUAUACUAGUAUAGACUUGUUAUUAUAUUACAGCUAUACUAGUAUAGGACUUGUUAUUUAUACAGUAUAUACUAGUAUAGACUAGUUAUUAUAUACAGUAAUACUAGUAUAGACUAGUUCAUUAUAUACAGCUAAUACUAGUAUAGACCUAGUUUUAUUAUUACAGCUAUACUAGUAUAGCACUAGUUAUUAUAUACAGCUAUACUAGUAUAGACUAGUUAUUAAUAUACAGCCUAUACCUAGUAUAGACUAAGGUUUUAUUUAUAUACAGCUAUACUAGUAUAGACUCGUUAUUAUAUUCAGGCUAUUUACUAGUAUGACUAGUUAUUAUAUACAGUAAUACUAGUAUAGACUAGUUAUUAUAUACAGCUAUACUAGUAUAGACUAGUUAUUAUAUACAGCUAUACUAGUAUAGACUAGUUAUUAUAUACAGCUAUACUAGUAUAGACUAGUUAUUAUAUACAGCUAUACUAGUAUAGACUAGUUAUUAUAUACAGCUAUACUAGUAUAGACUAGUUAUUGUAUAUCAAUUUAUUUGUAAAGCCCUUUUUACUUCAGCAGAUGUCACAAAGUGCUAUACAGAAACCCAGCCUAAAAACCCAAAACAGCAAGCAAUGCAGAUGUAGAAGCACGGUGGCUAGGAAAAACUCCCUAGAAAGGUAGAAACCUAGAGAGGAACCAGGCUCUGAGGGGUGGCCAUGGCCACGGGGGGCGGGAGGGUCGGGAGACACUGUGGCCCCGUCCGAUGAUACCCCCGGACAGGGCCAACCAGGCAGGAUAUAACCCCACCCACUUUGCCAAAGCACAGCCCCCACACCACCAGAGGGAUAUCAACAGACCACCAACCUACUACCCUGAGACGAGUAUAGCCCACGAUCUCCUCCACUGCACGAGCCAGAGGGGGCGACAAACCGGACAGGAAGAUCACGUCUGUGACUCAACCUAUUAAAGUGACGCACCCCUCCUAGGGAUGGCAUGGAAAGCACCAGUAAGCCAGUGACUCAGCCCCCGUAAUAGGGUUUGAGGCAGAGAAUCCCAAUGGAGAGACAGGAACCGGCCAGGCAGAGACAGCAAGGGCAGUUCGUUGCUCCAGUUCCUUGCCGUUCACCUUCGCACCCCUGGGCCAGACUACACUCAAUCAUAGGACCUACUGAAGAGAUGAGUCUUCAGUAAAGACUUAAAGGUCGAGACCGAGUCUGCGUCUCUCACAUGGAUAAGCAGACCAUUCCAUAAAAAUGAGCUCUAUAGGAGAAAGCCCUGCCUCUAGCUGUUUGCUUAGAAAUUCUAGGGACAAUAAGGAGGCCUGCGUCUUGUGACCGUAGCGUACGUGUUGGUAUGUACAGCAGGACCAAAUCAGAGAGAUAGUUAGGAGAAAGCCCAUGUAAUGCUUUGUAGGUUAGCAGUAAAACCUUGAAAUCAGCCCUAGCCUUAACAGGAAGCCAGUGUAGAGAGGCUAGCACUGGAGUAAUAUGAUAUAAUUUUUUGGUUCUAGUCAAGAUUCUUUAGUCAAGAUUCGUUAAUUUUUUUUUGACUGUACAACCAUCAAGAUUAAUUGUCAGAUCCAACAGAAGAUCUCUUUGUUUCUUGGGACCUAGAACUAGCAUCUCUGUUUUGUCCGAGUUUAAAAGUAAAACAUUUGCCGCCAUCCACUUCCUUAUGUCUGAAACGCAGGCUUCCAGGUUAGGCAAUUUUGGGGCUUCACUAUGUUACAUCGAAAUGUACAGCUGUGUGUCAUCUGCAUAGCAAUGAAAGGUAACAUUGUGUUUCCGAAUGACAUCACCAAGAGGUAAAAUAUAUAGUGAAAACAAUAGUGGUCCUAAAACGGAAACUUGAGGAACACCGAAACGUACAAUUGAUUUGUCAGAGGACAAACCAUCCACAGAGACGAACUGAUAUCUUUCCGACAGAUAAGAUCUAAACCAGGCAAGAACUUGUCCGUGUAGACCAAUUACGGUUUCCAAUCUCUCCAAAAUAAUGUGGUGAUCGAUGGUGUCAAAAGCAGCACUAAGGUCUAGGAGCACGAGGACAGAUGCAGGUCUGACGCCAUUAAAAGGUAAUUUACCACCUUCACGAGUGCAGUCUCAGUGCUAUGAUGGGGUCUAAAACCAGACUGAAGCGUUUCGUAUACAUUAUUUGUCUUCAGGUAGGCAGUGAGUUGCUGCGCAACAGCUUUUUCAAAAAAUUUUGAGAGGAAUGGGAGAUUCGAUUUAGGCCAAUAUAGUUUUUUACAUUUUCUGGGUCAAGGUUUGGCUUUUUCAAGAGAGGCUUUAUUACUGCCACUUUUAGUGAAUUUGGUACACAUCCAGUGGAUAGGGAGCCAUUCAUUAUGUUCAACAUAGGAGGGCCAAGCACAGGAAGUAGAUCUUUCAGUAAUUUAGUUGGAAUAGGGUCCAGUAUGCAGCUUGAAGGUUUAGAGGCCAUGACUAUUUUCAUGAAUGUGUCGAGAUAUAGGAUAAAACAACUUGAGUGUCCUAGGUCCUGGCAGUUUUGUGCAGACUCAGGACAGCUGAGCUUUAGAGAAAUACGCGGAUUCAAAGAGGAGUCCAUAAUUUGCUUUCGAAUGAUCAUGAUCUUUUCGUCUAAGAAGUUAAUGAAGUCAUCACUGCUGAAGUGAAAGGCAUCCUCUCUUGGGGAAUGCUGCUUUUUAGUUAGCUUUGCGACAGUAUCAAAUAUACAUUUUGAAUUGUUCUUAUUCUCCUCAAUUAGGUUGGAAAAAUAGGAUGAUCGAGCAGCAGUGAGGGCUCUUCGAUAUUGCACUGUACUUUCUUUCCAAGCUAGUAGGAAGACUUCCAGUUUGGUGGAGUGCCAUUUCCGUUCCAAUUUUCUGGAAGCUUGCUUCAGGGCUCAGGUAUUUUCUGUAUACCAGGGAGCAAACUUCUUGUGACAAAUGUUUUUAGGGGUGCGACUGCAUCUAGGGUAUUACGCAAGGUUAAAUUUAGAUCCUCAGGUAGGUCGUUAACUAAUUUUUGUACCCCGACGUCCUUGGGUAGGUGGAGAGGGAGUCUGUAAGGGCAUCUAGGAAUCUUUGGGUUGUCCGAGAAUUUAUAGCACGGCUUUUGAUGAUCCUUGGUUGAGGUCUGAACAUAUUAUUUGUUGCGAUUGCAAACGUAAGAAUAAAAUGGUGGUCCGAUAGUCCAGGAUUAUGAGGAAAAACAUUUAGAUCCACAAUAUUUAUUCCAUGGGACAAAACUAGAUCCAGGGUAUGACUGUGGCAAUGAGUAGGUCCGGAGACAUGUUGGACAAAACCCACUGACUUGAUGAUGGCUCUGAAAGCCUUUUGGAGUGGGUCUGUGGACUUUUCCAUGUGAAUAUUAAAGUCACCAAAAAUGUGAAUAUUAUCUGCCAUGACUACAAAAAGUGAUUGAGUAGGCUGCAUAGAUUUCAUGACUAGAAGCUCAAAAGAUGAAAACGCAGUCAUUUUUGGUGGGUAAAUUGAAAUUUGCUAUCGUAAAUGUUAGCAACACCUCCACCUUUGUGGGAGGCGCGGGGGAUAUGGUCACUAAUGUAACCAGGAGGACAGGCCUCAUUUAACACAGUAAAUUCAUCAGGCUUAAGCCAUGUUUCAGUCAGGCCAAUCACAUCAAGAUUAUGAUCAGUGACUAGUUAAUUGACCAUAACUGCCUUGGAAGUGAGGGAUCUAACAUUAAGUUGCCUUAUUCUGAUAUGUGAGAUAUCACAAUCUUUUUCAAUAAUGACAGGAAUGGAGGUCUUUAUUCCAGUGAGAUUGCUAAGGCGAACACCACCAUGUUUAGUUUUUCUCAACCUAGAUCGAGGCACAGACACGGGCUCAAUGGGGAUAGCUGAGCUGACUACACUGACUGUGCUAGUGGCAGACUCGUUCUAGCUAAUUUACACGCUGAAGCUAUGUUGCUCUUGGUGACCUCUGACUGUUUCAUCCUAACAUCGUUGGUGCCGACGUGGAUAACAAUAUCCCUGUACUCUCUACACUCGCCAGUUUUUGCCUUAGCCAGCACCAUCAUCAGAUUAGCCUUUACGUCGGUAGCCCUGCCCCCUGGUAAACAGUGUAUGAUCACUGGGUGAUUCUUUUUAAGUCUAAUAUUGCGGGUAAUGGAGUCGCCAAUGACUAGGGUUUUCAAUUUGUCAGAGCUAAUGGUGGGAGGCUUCAGCAGCUCAGACCCUGUAACAGGUGGAGGAGAGACCUGAGAAGGCUCGGCCUCUAACUCCGACUCGUUGCUUAAUGGGGAGAACCGGUGGAAAGUUUCUGUCGGCUGAAUGAGCGACACGGGUUGAGCAUGCCGACAGUAUUUCUUUCCAGAAGCCUUGAGAAAAUUGUCCUGCUGCGGGGACUGUGCGAGGGGAUUUAUACUACUAUCUGUACUUACUGGUGGCACAGACGCUGUUUCAUCCUUUCUUACACUUAAAUUACCCUCGCCUAACGACUGCAUCUGAAGUUGUGCUUGCAGCACGGCUAUCGUCACCAUAAGGCAAUAGUUCUCCUGUAUAUUAUGAGUACAGCGACUGCAAUUAGAUGGCAUACUGUUAAUGUUACUACUUAGCUUCGGCUGGUGGAGGUCCUGUAGAACCACGUCCAGAUAAAGCGUCCUGUAGAACCAUGUCCAGAUAAAGGGUCCAGUAGAACCAUGUCCAGAUAAAGGGUCCAGUAGAACCAUGUCCAGAUAAAGCAUCCUGUAGAACCAUGUCCAGAUAAAGGGUCCAGUAGAACCAUGUCCAGAUAAAGCGUCCUGUAGAACCAUGUCCAGAUAAAGCGUCCUGUAGAACCAUGUCCAGAUAAAGCGUCCAGUAGAACCAUGUCCAGAUAAAGGGUCCAGUAGAACCAUGUCCAGAUAAAGGGUCCAGUAGAACCAUGUCCAGAUAAAGCAUCCUGUAGAACCAUGUCCAGAUAAAGGGUCCAGUAGAACCAUGUCCAGAUAAAGCAUCCUGUAGAACCAUGUCCAGAUAAAGGGUCCAGUAGAACCAUGUCCAGAUAAAGCGUCCGUGGUGAAAAAUUUGAAUGAAAAAAGUAGAGCGAGGAAAACAAAUAACUAAGAUGUUGGUAGAAUGUGUUAAAUGAAGAUUGAUUAAACGGUAAAAAUAAAAAAUAAAAGUUAAAACCGUCAAGUUUGGCAGGUAGCCAAGUAGCAACAAACAGCACAGCAGCACGGAGACUAGUGACGCAAAACGGAAGUGACGAAAUAGCAAGACUACAGUUAGGUCUACACCUACGCUAGUAUAGACUAGCUAUUAUAUACAGUUAGGUCUACAGCUAUACUGCACUGAACAAAAAUAUAAAUGCAACAUGUAAAGUGUUGGUUCCGUGUUUCAUGAGCUGAAAUAAAAGAUCCCAGAAAUGUUCCAUACUCACAAAAAGCUUAUUUCGCACAAAUUUGUUUACAUCCCUUUUAGUGAGCUUUUCGCCAUUGCCAAGAUAAUCCAUCCACCUGACAGGUGUGGCAUAUCAAGAAGCUGAUUAAACCGCAUGAUCCAAUGUUCCGUCUAAGCUGCCACACAGAAAAAAUAUCAGCCCCGCGCAGAAAAGCACGAGAUUGAACUUCACUCAACUAUCUAGAGUUUUUCCCUGUUAGUUAACACUAUCAACGUUUCCCUUCUACUUUGGGUAUUGUGAUCGAGUCAACGCAAUAUUAGCCACUUUCCAAUGCAACAUAUCGAAGCAAAAACAAACUAUGCAUGAGAUUUUGUUGUAUGCGGAUCGCGUAGUAGGAUUCUAUUGCAUUGACAGGCAUGACUCAGGCCUGUACUCUAUGCAGACCGGUGCGCCAUAACUAAUCAGAGCUGCAGUAGGCCUUUAUGCAAAUAGACCAUUGCCAUAUAUGGAUCUGUGCCAUUCACUUUGAUAGUUAGUGGGUUAUAAACCCAGUUAUAGAUAAUUUGUAGUCAGCAAUAGGGGAGUGAUUGCUUCCUACAAGAGCACAAAACGUGUACAUUUCUAGACAUCUUUGAAAAGCGAGUCAGGUAAAGUUUUUAUUUUUUUAAGGGGCAUUGUUGUAUUUUGAGACGGGGUUGAAUAAGCUAAGUAGCCAAUAGGCAGAGGGUAGCGUAAUUUGUCUGAUUCUCUGUAAUAAUGGUAUGGGAAUAAUGAUGCAUUUUAUUUUGUUAAGUGGUUUCUUUCAUCAAUCACAACACCAUUUUCAGUCACCUCCUUGUCUGAAGGACAACUGGAUAAAGAGGUUUUAAAUGCCACGCCCUGCAUGUUUUUUUCAAAUGUCUCAUGGAAUGUAGGCCUACAUUGAACACCACACAUUGGCUGCUACUGUAGGCUGAAUGAUAGAACAGCUAUUUCCAUGUUAAAAUGUUAUGGGAUGCAUUUUCUCCAUUGUUUUUGAUGGUAGGCCACUCUGGCAGGCCUACAUUAUGAUCAAAUAGCCACAGUAGCCUACUUGGCCACUGUUAAAACUGUAACUUUAGUGUUUACAGUAAACGCGUGCUGGAAGUUGCACAGAAAUUUCACAACGUUCAAAAAAUCUAACUUCAGGACGAUUCUCGAUUAUAUACAGUUGCGGCCAAAUAUUUUGGCACCCUUGCACUUUCCCUUAAAUCGAAUUAUUGGCACCCCGCAGCUAGUACUUGGUUGCACAGCCUUUCCCAAGAUAACUGUAGACAAAUGCUUGUUGUAGCCAUCAAUGAGAUUUCUUCACCUUUAUACUGACAAUUUGUCCCUCUUUUCAGCAGAAAACUGCUCUAAAUCUUCAAUAUUUGAGGGGUGCCCUCCACCAACUGCUGUUUUCAGAUCUCGCCAAUAGGUUUUGGAUGUGAUUCAGAUCCGGACACUUCGCUGGCCACUCCAGAACAGCCCAGCAUCUCUUCUUGAACCAUUCCUGGGUGCUUUUUCAUGUGUGUUUGGAGUCGUUGUCCUGCUGGAAGACCAAUAACCUUUAAAUGGAGACCCAGUUUUUGGAUUCUGGGUUGAUCAUUGGAUGUCAUGAUUCCUUGUGCAUGUUCAAGGCCCCCAGUACCAGAGGCGGCAAAGCAAUCCCACACCAUUAUCAAACCUCCCCCUUCUUUGAUUACAGGGAGGGUGUUCUUUUCAUUGAAUGCUUCAUUUGGUGGUCAGUAAACACAUCGCUGAGUGGCCGGGGACUUUAAUGCAGAUAAACUUAAAUCCGUUUUCUACCAGCAUGUCACAUGUACAGCUAGAGGAAAAAUAACUCUAGACUACCUUUACUCCACACACAGAGAUGCGUACAAAGCACUCCCUCACCCUCCAUUUGGAAAAUCUGACCAUAAUUCUAUCCUCCUGAUACCUGCUUACAAGCAAGAACUAAAACAGGAAGUACCAGUGACUUGCUCAAUACGGAAGUGGUCAAAUGACGUUGAUGCUACGCUACAGGACUGUUUUGCUAGCACAGACUGGAAUAGGUUCCGUCCAAUGGCAUUGAGGAGUAUACCACCUCAGUCACCGGCUUCAUCAAUAAGUGCAUCGACGACGUCGUCCCCACGAUAACCGUACGUACAUAUCCCAACCAGAACCCAUGGAUUACAGGCAACAUCCGCACCAAGCUAAAGGCUAGAGCUGCCGCUUUCAAGGAGCGGGACACUAAUCCGGAUGCUUAUAAGAAAUCGCACUAUGCUCUAGCCAUCAAACAGGCAAAGCGUCAAUACAGGACUAAGAUUGAACCCUACUUCUCCGGCUCUGACGCUCGUCGGAUGUGGCAGGGCUUAUACACUAUUACGGACUACAAAGGAAAACCCAGCCUUGAGCUGCCCAGUGAUGCUAAAUGCCUUUUUAUGCUCGCUUCGAGGCAAGCAACACUGAAGCAUGCAUGAGAUCACCAGCUGUUCUGGACGACUGUGUGAUCACGCUUUCUGUAGCCGAUGUGAGCAAGACCUUUAAACAGGUCAACGUCACAAGGCCGCAGGGCCAGACGGAUUACCAGGAUGUGUACUCUGAGCAUGCGCGGACCAACUGACAUUUUCAACCUCUCCCUGACCUUUCAAGCAGACCACCAUAGUCCCUGUGCCCAAGAAAGAGAAUGUAACCUGCCUAAAUGACUACCGACCCGUAGCACUCACGUCUGUAGCCAUGAAGUGCUUUGAAAGGCUGAUCAUGGCUCACAUCAACACCAUUAUCCCAGACACCCUAGACCCACACAAAUUUGCAUAUGCCCCAACAGAUCCACAGAUGAUGCAAUCUCUAUUGCACUCCACACUGCCCUUUCACACCUGGACAAAAGGAACACCAAUGUGAGAAUGCUGUUCAUUGACUACAGCUCAGCGUUCAACACCAUAGUGCCCUCAAAGCUCAUCACUAAGCUAAGGACCCUGGAACUAAACACCUCCCUCUGCAACUGGAUCCUGGACUUCCUGACGGGCCGCCCCCAGGUGGUAAGGGUAGGUAACAACACAUCCGCCACGCUGAUACUCAACACGGGUGCCCCUCAGGGGUGCGUGCUCAGUCCCCUCCUGUACUCCCUGUUCACUCAUGACUGCAUGGCCAGCCAUAACCCUCGAGUUACACCAGUCAAAUUGCCAGGGUUAGAGGUUCCAGGCCUGAUCUAUUCAUUUUAUUACUGUGUGCUGCUGCAUUGUGGUGGGCGUUGCAUAGGCAACCGAAGACUCGUGUGCUACAACACCUUGCUUGUUUCAGCAAGAAGCAACAAAGUUUCAUCACGUUGUUAAGAGUCCAUGAUCACCGACAACGAUGAGACAGCCUAUAGGCAGGAGUUCAGAGACCUGGCCGUAUGGUGCCAGGACAACAACCUCUCCCUCAAUGUGAUCAAGACAAAUUAGAUGAUUGUGGAGUACAGGAAAAAGAGGAGGACCGAGCACGCCCCCAUUCUCAUCGACAGGGCUGUAGUGGAGCUGGUUGAGAGCUUCAAGUUCCUUGGUGUCCACUUCACCAACAAACUAACAUGGUUCAAGCACACCAAGACAGUCGUGAAGAGGGCACGACAAAACCUAUUCCCCCUAAGGAGACUGAAAAGAUUUGGCAUGGGUCCUCAGAUCCUCAAAAGGUUAUUCAGCUGCAUCAUCGAGAGCAUCCUGACUGGUUGCAUCACUGCCUGGUAUGGCAACUGCUCGGCCUCCGACCGCAAGGCACUACAGAGGGUAGUGCGCACCGCCCAGUACAUCACUGGGGCCAAGCUUCCUGCCAUCCAGGACCUCUAUACCAGGCGGUGUCAGAGGAAGGCCCAAAAAUUUAUCAAAGACUCCAGCCACCCUAGUCAUAGACUGUUCUCUCUGCUACCGCACAGCAAGUGGUACCAGAGCGCCACGUGUAGGUCCAAGAGGCUUCUAAACAGCUUCUACCCCCAAUCCAUAAGACUACUGAACAUCUAAUCAAAUGGCUACCCAGACUAUUAGCAUUGUCCCCCCCCCCCCUUUACGCUGCUGCUACAUGUACAUAUUACCUCAAUUACCUCGACUAACCGGUGCCCCCGCACAUUAACUCGGUACCGGUACCCCCUGUAUAUAGCCUCACUAUUGUUAUUUUACUGCUGCUCUUAUAUUGUAUUUUUUGUGUGAUUCAUAUUUUUUUUUUUUGGGGGGGGGGGGGUAUUCUUUCUUAACUGCAUUGUUGGUUAAGGGCUUGUAAGUAAGCAUUUCAUUCUUAACUGCAUUGUUGGUUAAGGGCUUGUUAGUAAGCAUUUCACUGUAAUGUCUACACCUGUUGUAUUCGGCACAUGUGACAAAUAAAAUUUGAUUUGAUUUAUCGAAGCAAAACAAACACUGAGUUUCAAUAUAAAGCACAACCCCUGUCAAUAAUACACAGCUGGACUCACCUGCUCCCGCUCUCUCCCGUUGUGUCAUUUACCAACAAACACAUGACUGGCUCAACUGUUCUGGGGAACUACAGUAAGCUUUAUAAUGUAGAAUAAUGUGACAGGUGAAAUGAAGAUCGCGAUCUGCUUUAUCUCCUAAUGUAUUACACAAGUUGACUGCAGGUAUUUACUUAAAAAGUAACAACAAAUAUUAACAUUUAUUGAAAAACUUCUAAGAAAUAGUUUCAACGGUAUUGACGGUAUUGAAAAUUCAUCCCGUGGCUAUUUCCAAAUACCACGGUAUAAGGUACAGUGGGGGAAAAAAGUAUUUAGUCAGCCACCAAUUGUGCAAGUUCUCCCACUUAAAAAGAUGAGAGAGGCCUGUAAUUUUCAUCAUAGGUACACGUCAACUAUGACAGACAAAUUGAGAAGAAGAAAAAAUCCAGAAAAUCACAUUGUAGGAUUUUUUAUGAAUUUAUUUGCAAAUGAUGGUGGAAAAUAAGUAUUUGGUCACCUACAAACAAACAAGAUUUCUGGCUCUCACAGACCUGUAACUUCUUAUUUAAGAGGCUCCUCUAUCCUCCACUCGUUACCUGUAUUAAUGGCACCUGUUUGAACUUGUUAUCAGUAUAAAAGACACCUGUCCACAACCUCAAACAGUCACACUCCAAACUCCACUAUGGCCAAGACCAAAGAGCUGUCAAAGGACACCAGAAACAAAAUUGUAGAUCUGCACCAGGCUGGGAAGACUGAAUCUGCAAUAGGUAAGCAGCUUGGUUUGAAGAAAUCAACUGUGGGAGCAAUUAUUAGGAAAUGGAAGACAUACAAGACCACUGAUAAUCUCCCUCGAUCUGGGGCUCCACGCAAGAUCUCACCCCGUGGGGUCAAAAUGAUCACAAGAUCAUCAAAAUCCCAGAACCACACGGGGGGACCUAGUGAAUGACCUGCAGAGAGCUGGGACCAAAGUGACAAAGCCUACCAUCAGUAACACACUACACCGCCAGGGACUCAAAUCCUGCAGUGCCAGACGUGUCCCCCUGCUUAAGCCAGUACAUGUCCAGGCCCGUCUGAAGUUUGCUAGAGUGCAUUUGGAUGAUCCAGAAGAGGAUUGGGAGAAUGUCAUAUGGUCAGAUGAAACCAAAAUAGAACUUUUUGGUAAAAACUCAACUCGUCGUGUUUGGAGGACAAAGAAUGCUGAGUUGCAUCCAAAGAACACCAUACCUACUGUGAAGCAUGGGGGUGGAAACAUCAUGCUUUGGGGCUGUUUUUCUGCAAAGGGACAAGGACGACUGAUCCGUGUAAAGGAAAGAAUGAAUGGGGCCAUGUAUCGUGAGAUUUUGAGUGAAAACCUCCUUCCAUCAGCAAGGGCAUUGAAGAUGAAACGUGGCUGGGUCUUUCAGCAUGACAAUGAUCCCAAACACACCGCCCGGGCAAUGAAGGAGUGGCUUCGUAAGAAGCAUUUCAAGGUCCUGGAGUGGCCUAGCCAGUCUCCAGAUCUGAACCCCAUAGAAAAUCUUUGGAGGGAGUUGAAAGUCCGUGUUGCCCAGCGACAGCCCCAAAACAUCACUGCUCUAGAGGAGAUCUGCAUGGAGGAAUGGGCCAAAAAUACCAGCAACAGUGUGUGAAAACCUUGUGAAGACUUACAGAAAACGUUUGACCUGUGUCAUUGCCAACAAAGGGUAUAUAACAAAGUAUUGAGAAACUUUUGUUAUUGACCAAAUACUUAUUUUCCACCAUAAUUUGCAAAUAAAUUCAUAAAAAAUCCUACAAUGUGAUUUUCUGGAUUUUUUUUUCUCAAUUUGUCUGUCAUAGUUGACGUGUACCUAUGAUGAAAAUUACAGGCCUCUCUCAUCUUUUUAAGUGGGAGAACUUGCACAAUUGGUGGCUGACUAAAUACUUUUUCCCCCCACUGUAUACCGCCCUAGCCUAGCGACAUCAGCCCUAACGAGGAACAGAUGGAUGAGACACAAGAUGGGUCUUGUCUUCCACUUACAUCUGGGUCUAAUCACGCUUGUGUGUCCGUCUGUGUAUCUGAUGAGUGGUAUAUGAGUAUGCUUUAAUUUGUGUGCCUGUCUGGCUGCGGUGACAUGCGUCUCAACCUGUGUGACAUUUUAGCGGUUUGCCGUUAGCUGAGUCCCAGCCCUCGCCCUCCAAGCUUGGCCCCCAGGUCAUCAACCUGCCUUCUCACGCAAUGCUGCCGAACCACAGGCACAGCAGACACUGAUGGGACUGGUCCUGGCUGGCGGUCUGUGGGUUGCGUUACAGGUCAACUUCAUUGCAGCUGCAGCAGAUUGAUAAUAUCAUAUUCAUGUGGUUCCACUUCCUCCAGAGAUGUUAUUGACUUGGUCAGGUGUUGUGAGAUCAGCUGUAGUUAAGACGGUCUGGAACACACCUUUUAUGUAAGCUUGGCCUCAGGGUUUGGGCUGUUCCUGGGUGUCUCUGUCAUUAGCUGUUACAAGCUGGCAAUAAUACCUUAUGACACGCUCGUCUUUCAGCUCUGUUUUGAUUCUUAACCUUCCUGUGAAAUGACUUCAUGCUUCACCCUUAUAGCCUAUGACUCAGCUGUCUGAAAUGGUACCCUAUUCCCUAUAUAGUGCACUACUUUGGACCCUUUUAAAAGCUAUUUUUACAUCAGCAGCAGAGGUCACGUUAGCUUUCAGCAAUUAGCAUUUUCAAAAUGCAGACUGUAAAUAAAAUCUGCCUUUUUAAGCCAUUUCACCUGCGUUUUUAUAUUGAAAUGUUUCUUCAAUAGUGAUCAGUCACGUGAAACUAUAGCUUUUCUUCACGCAACAUACAGGUAUUCCUACUUACAAAGCAUGUAGAGGUCUGUAAUUUUUAUCAUAGGUACACUUCAACUGUGAAAAUCACAUUGUAUGAUUUUUAAGUAAUUCAUUUGCAUUUUAUUGCAUGACAUAAGUAUUUGAUCACCUACCAACCAGUAAGAAUUCCAGCUCUCACAGACCUGUUAGUUUUUCUUUAAGAAGCCCUCCUGUUCUCCACACAUUACCUGUAUUAACUGCACCUGUUUGAACUCGCUACCUGUAUAAAAGACACCUGUCCACACACUCAAUCAAACAGACUCCAACCUCUCCACAAUGGCCAAGACCAGAGAGCUGUGUAAGGACAUCAGGGAUAAAAUUGUAGACCUGCACAAGGCUGGGAUGGGCUACAGGACAAUAGGCAAGCAGCUUGGUGAGAAGGCAACAACUGUUGGCGCAAUUAUUCAAAAAUAGAAGAAGUUCAAGAUGACGGUCAAUCACCCUCGGUCUGGGGCUCCAUGCAAGAUCUCACCUCAUGGGGCAUCAAUGAUCAUGAGGUGAGGGAUCAGCCCAGAACUACACGGUGAGGGAUCAGCCCAGAACUACACGGCAGGACCUGGUCAAUGACCUGAAGAGAGCUGGGACCACAGUCUCAAAGAAAACCAUUAAUAACACACUAUGCCGUCAUGGAUUAAAAUCCUGCAGCGCACGCAAGGUCCCCCUGCUCAAGCCAGCGCAUGUCCAGGCCCGUCUGAAGUUUGCCAAUGACCAUCUGGAUGAUCCAGAGGAGGAAUGGGAGAAGGUCAUGUGGUCUGAUGAGACAAAAAUAGAGCUUUUUGGUCUAAACUCCACUCGCCGUGUUUGGAGGAAGAAGAAGGAUGAGUACAACCCCAAGAACACCAUCCCAACCGUGAAGCAUGGAGGUGGAAACAUCAUUCUUUGGGGAUGCUUUUCUGCAAAGGGGACAGGACGACUGCACCGUAUUGAGGGGAGGAUGGAUGUAGCCAUGUAUCGCGAGAUCUUGGCCAACAACCUCCUUCCCUCAGUAAGAGCAUUGAAGAUGGGUCGUGGCUGGGUCUUCCAGCAUGACAAUGACCCGAAACACACAGCCAGGGCAACUAAGGAGUGGCUCCGUAAGAAGCAUCUCAAGGUCCUGGAGUGGCGUGGAGUGGCCUAGCCAGUCUCCAGACCUGAACCCAAUAGAAAAUCUUUGGAGGGAGCUGAAAGUCCGUAUUGCCCAGCGACAGCCCCGAAACCUGAAGGAUCUGGAGGUCGUCUGUAUGGAGGAGUGGGCCAAAAUCCCUGCUGCAGUGUGUGCAAACCUGGUCAAGACCUACAGGAAACGUAUGAUCUCUGUAAUUGCAAACAAAGGUUUCUGUACCAAAUAUUAAGUUCUGCUUUUCUGAUGUAUCAAAUACUUAUGUCAUGCAAUAAAAUGCAAAUUAAUUACUUAAAAAUCAUACAAUGUGAUUUUCUGGAUUUUUGUUUUAGAUUCCGUCUCUCACAGUUGAAGUGUACCUAUGAUAAAAAUUACAGACCUCUACAUGCUUUGUAAGUAGGAAAACCUACAAAAUCGGCAGUGUAUCAAAUAUUUGUUUUCCCCACUGUAAAUGAAUGCAACACAUUCGGCAGAAAAUAGCUUCACGUUUCAUCAGAAGUGCAACGCUAUUUUAAAUUAGCUUACAAUUACAUUUUAAAAAAUUGCAGAGACGAUGCAUGUCCAUCUGAUUUCUCAUGUUUAUUAUAGAAAGAAUGUAGCCAGCUACAUUUCCUAAUGUUUUGCUUCAAUUUAGCCCAAUGUUGCUUUUUAACUUGCUACCGGAGAACAACUACACUGAAGGUAAAUUCAGAGGAUGUCUGCUGAUCGAAUGCCUGCUCGUGAAUGCGGGAGUUUGAUUGGUCAAGACGAGGGCACAUAUAUAUAAUCCGAGUAGAAAAUACCAAAAUGUGUCCUUUUUUAAAUUCAUGAUUUGGAGCGAACCGUGACUGACGCCGAGCAGAAAUUACAAUAAGAAGAAUUUUAGACCUUUGUUUACAAACGCAACAAGAUAUUUUUGCUGUGUUUUUUUAAAUCUUUCCUGUGUUUAUUGAGACCUCUGUCACAAAGUGCUUUAAAGAUACUCAGCCUAAAGCCCCAAGGAGCAAUGCAGAGGCAGCAGUAUAGUGUGUGCUUGGCACACAUGGUUCAGUUUGGAAGAUUAGUGAUGGGUCAAUACAGCCAUUGUCUCUUCCUUCUCUUGUGAAAGCCACUCCCGCAUUGUGACCUUCUGAAUUGUUUGUUUGAUGGAUUGUGUGGUGUAGGCCUAUCUUAUCUCAUCUCCUUUUCUCAUGAAAUACACUCCCUCAUUGUGAACUUGUAAUUUGUGACACAAACAUGACGUGACCUGCUCGUUGACAAGGAAGUGAUUGGACAGCGGAGUCACUGGCCACCUUCCGGAGACACUUGAAACCCUACCUCUUUCAGGAAUACCUGGGAUAGUAUAAAAGUAAUCCUUCUACCCACCCCCAAUUUUUAUUUAUUUUUUAUGAAUAAAAAAAACAAUAUAUAUAUAUAUAUAUAUAUAUAUAUAUAUAUAUAUAUAUAUAUAUAUAUAUAUAAAACAAAUGAAAAUUAAAAAUAUACAAUUUUAAAAUUAUAAUUUUUUUAUUUUUUUUUAUUGUAAAGUGGUUGUCCCACUGGCUAUCAUAAGGUGAAUGCACCAAUUUGUAAGUCGCUCUGGAUAAGAGCGUCUGCUAAAUGAAGUAAAUGUCAGUAGACUGGGGAGAUAGUAGACUGGGGAGUCGGUAGACUGGGGAGAUAGUAGACUGGGGAGUAAAUGAAUAGUCUGCGCGGCAACUCCUUUAUUAAUUUCCUUGAAAUGUAGACUUAUUUACGAGACAUGCCCGGUCAUAUUCUACACCCAAAGCAUGGACGUCACCAGGAUCUGGCUUUCAGGGCUUUAGCCCCGAAUGGUUUUGGGUCAGCCCCAAAUCUUUUGGGUCAGCUGAAUGAACCACUUAGUUCAUAGACCUGUGGUUACGUGACUCCCCAGUCUACUAUCUCCCCAGUCUACUAUCUCCCCAGUCUACUAUCUCCCCAGUCUACUGACUCCCCAGUCUACUAUCUCCCCAGUCUACUGACUCCCCAGUCUACUAUCUCCCCAGUCUACUAUCUCCCCAGUCUACCAUCUCCCCAGUCUACCGACUCCCCAGUCUACCGACUCCCCAGUCUACUCACUCCCCAGUCUACUAUCUCCCCAGUCUACUACUCCCCAGUCUACUAUCUCCCCAGUCUACUAUCUCCCCAGUCUACUAUCUCCCCAGUCUACCAUCUCCCCAGUCUACCGACUCCCCAGUCUACUAUCUCCCCCCCCAUUCUACUACCUCCCAUUUCUCCCAUCUCCCCAGUAAAAAACCGAUUUCCCCAUCUACCGACUCCCCGUCUACUAUCCCCCCCAAGUCUACCGAUUUCCCCAGUCUCCGACCCCCCCAGUCUACCCCCCCAUUCUCCCCCGACUCCCCAGUCUACCGACCCCCCAGUCCCCCCCCCCCACUACCUCCCCAGUCAAACUAUUCCCCAUCUACUAUCUCCCCAGCCCACUUCUCCCCAGUCUACUGACUCCCCAGUCUCUACCCUCCCCAGCCUACUGCCCUCCCCACCCUCCCUAUCCCCCCCCGUCACUGACCCCCCAGUCUACUUUUCCCCCAGUCUACUAUCUCCCCAGUCAAACCGACCCCCCCUCUACUUCCCCCUCCCCAGUCAAACCGCCUCCCCAGUCAAAACCCCGACUCCCCAGUCUACCCGCCUCCCCAGUCAAAACCCUACCGAUUUCCCCAUCAAACCACUCCCCAGUCAAACGACCCCCCCAUUCUACCGCCCCCCCCCCCAGUCAAAAAACCAUCCCCCCAGUCUCUAUCCCCCCAGUCUCCCUCCCCCUCCCCAUUUCUACCGACCCCCCAGUCUACUCACCCCCCAGCCCUACCGACCCCCAGUCUACUCAUUUCCCCAGUCUAUACCUCCCCGGCUAAAACGACUCCCCAGUCUACUACUCCCCAGUCUACUAUCUCCCCAGCCCUCCCCGACUCCCAGUCUCCUAUCUCCCCCCCCGUCAAAUCCGACCCCCCAGUCAAAACCGACUCCCCCGUCUACUCACUCCCCCAUUCAAAACCGACCCCCCUCUACUCACCCCCCAGUCUACUACUCCCCAGUCAAAACCGACCCCCCAUCUACUAUCCCCCCCAUCAAACUACCCUCCCCAGCCCUUCCGACCCCCGUCUACUAUCUCCCCCCCCAAAAUACCGACCCCCCCAAGUCUAACCCCUUUCCCCAGUUACUUUUCUCCCCAGUCUACCCCCACCCCCCAGUCUCCUACUCCCCAGUCACUAUCUCCCCAGUCUACCACUCCCCAGCCCUCCCACCCCCCACCCUACUACCCCCCAAAGUCCUAUCUCCCCCAUCAUUCUUUUCCCCCCCAGUCUACUAUCCCCCCCCCCCCAGUCACUACCCCCCCCACCCAAAACCGACCCCCCCCAUUCUACUAUCUCCCCUUCCUACAAACCCUCCCCAUUUCAAACCCCCCCCCCCACCCUAA